CGUAGUACUAGUGCGUCACGGUAGAGUAUAAAUGCAGCGACGUACCGCUGACUGUCAGUACACUGUAACCAGCGUAAGAACACAGUCAGCGGUCUAAAAAACACAAACUCACACUGCUGAGAUGGCAACAGCUAGCAAACCAAAAUGCAAGUACUGGGACAACUGCUUCAGGAAAGAUCCGACGCAUAUAUCGGCAUUUUCACACCCAAAUGGCCAUACACCAGGCUCCCCGACAAAAAAGAAACCAGUCAUCGAUGACAAGACCGACGAUGCCGGUACCGACGGGGACCGCGCCCCAGCAGCUGCCACAUCAACAGCAACAACAGCAGCAACAACGACAACAACUACUUUGACUCCACAGAAAAAACGCAAAGCCGACGAAGACGGCGAAGACAAAUCCAAAACAAAAAAAACAAAGAAAACAACAGGUUGGGAUAUGAGCGAUAGUGAGGACGACAAUGAUGAUGCCACCGAGGCGAAGGCGAGUAUCAAACCCGAUUCCAGUACAACAAAGGCGGUAGACGCAACAUCAGACUCGGAUGAGCCCACUGUUACAUUAUCUCUCAAGAAACCGAAAUGCAAAUACUGGGACACCUGCUUCCGGACAAAUGCAAUCCACUUAAGGGCGUUUCUUCAUCCGGCUGACAUGAAACAGAAAAACAAAAUGAAAGACGGAGACUUUGUCGAUGUCAAAUCAGGCGAUACAACAUAUCAACUGAAACGAACAGGCGACUCUUACUACUGCACAUGCAUAGGCUGGAAGCAACAAACGAAUCCCGUUGACAAACGAACAUGCAAACACUUGGGGGCGCAUCUCGGCGAAGAAUAUGAGCAGAUACGACUCGGAGAAUACGCCGCACGGCGAUCGAGAAGAGUGGCGUCGACAAGCACCGACACAAAGCCCAAACCGAAAAGUAAAGCCAUGAUACAGUUAUUGUUGGCACACAAAUGGACAGAUAGUGUCGACCCGAAAGGUUGGUGGAUGAGUGAAAAGCUUGACGGUGUUAGAGCGUGGUGGGAUGGACGCAAGUUCCGCUCUCGGCUGGGGAAUACGUUCUACGCACCGGGCUGGUUUACAAAGGAUUAUCCAACUGACAUGGAAUUGGACGGCGAAUUGUUUGGUGGGCGGGGGAUGUUCCAGGCUACCGUCAGUAUAGUUAAGUCGUCGGACACCGAUGAACGAUGGAAAAAAGUUGUAUUCCACGUUUUCGAUGCCCCAAAUGUAAAAGAUACGUUUGAAAAAAGAAUGGAGGCGCUAGAAGACUACUUUAGUGCAAAUACCGUGACGACAGUUAAAGUGGUGGACCAGACUAAAUGUAAAAAUAAAGAGCACUUACAGGAAGAAUUAAAAAGAAUAAACGGCGCUGGUGGCGAAGGCGUGAUGAUUCGGCAACCCAAAUCGAAGUAUGAGAAUUGCCGAUCCAAAACACUGUUGAAGUUAAAAACGUUUCACGACGCAGAGGCCAGAGUUGUUGGAUACAAAGAAGGGAAGGGGAUGAACCAGGGACGUGUUGGCGCCCUCAGAGUUCAGAUGGCGAACGGAAAAGAAUUUUCAGUAGGUUCUGGGUUAACAGACGCACAGAGAAGAAAACCACCAAAGAAAGGUACCAUUAUCGUGUACAAAUUCCAAGAGUACAGUAACAGUGGCACCCCUAGGUUUCCCACAUUUGUCGGCGAAGCCGCGGAUAAGACUGAGCCUAAGGACUGCAUUCUGACGUCAAAUAAAGAACUUGCUGAUAACGCAGAUAGUUAAGGGCGCGAGGACUGCCAUGGCGAUUGUUAACUUGCGUUGUCAAGUUGGAAUCUGAAAACUAUUUGAAGGCGUAUUAAUGUACAUGAUAUUUUAUACCGCUCUCGAACUUUAAACCUGACAUGGUCGGCGAUAGUUAUUGCGCCCUCGCCGACGGGUUCACUCGAACGCAGGGCACUUCAUGAUACCUGUAUAUUGUAAUAAUUUUGAAGUGGUUUACUAUCGCAAUUUUCGCUACUCUUUUUUACUGUAAGUUAUUGGAUGCUGA